AUGGAUGAGCCCACCCACUACUUUGAUCAAUGCCUGGACGAGUUAGAAGAGAGGCCUGCCUAUCAAACACCAGACAAUGUCGGUGAGCAACCCAUGGAGCUCAAUUUUGCAUCAUACGACGACAAGCUAGGCUUCGAACCCUCUCCAUCCCAAGAUGACCCCCAUCCAGAUAUCGACUUGGGCGGUCCAUCAUUCGACUGGCCAGUCGGCACCACCAUGGAUCCCAACGCUGGUCAAAAACUUUUCGUCGACCCAGGUCUCUACCAUCCAGACCCCGACGGCGAAGACAUCAAAGCCGAUAUGCAGAUUCUCUCCAUGGAGAUGUCCCGCCCAUCCACCCAACGAAGCUCAUCCAGCAAAUCGCAGUCGAACCGAGCCUCCAAGUCGGGGAGCACUUCCACCGACAUCACCCUCCCAGAAGACGCCCUUCAAAGUCAUGCACCAAAUAAGAAGCGAAAGACUCGAAAAAAUAAGAAGGAGGCCAAUAUGGAGCAAGAUGAACACAAACGCAACAAGUUUCUCGAACGGAACCGCAUCGCGGCUAGCAAGUGCCGAGAAAAGAAAAAGGUCUUUGUCUCGGAACUCGAAGAGGCCAAGGUUGGGCUUGAAACCCAGCAUGCGGCCCUCCAGAUGGAAUUCAAUGGCUUGGUACACGAGGUCGGCCAGCUAAAGCAUCACUUGCUGACACACUCCAAAUGCAACGAUCCGAACAUUGACCGGUGGCUGAACAACGAGGCGCGGAGGUAUGUGCAGACCAGCAACGAGUUAUUCGGAGCCGGGUUCACCUUCGGACAGCCAACAACAGGGGUGAGCCAACCUCCGGUUCUGACACCGGCAUCACCACGGAGCAGGAAUCCGAGCAUCGCUUCGAGUCAGUACCAACUCCAGGCGGGGAUGACGGGGUUUGAGGGAUUGACGGGAGGGCCGGGGAGCACGUCGGGGAGUGACCGGCAGGGGAGCAUUGCUUAUCCUCCUGGUGAGUCUCUGUUUUGGGCAGCGGCCACGCCGACGGGUGGUGGUUGCUGCGGCGACGGGGGAGGUGGGUUCCUGUUGCCGGCCUAG